UUCAUGUAGAACGUCCCGCACUCACAAGCCUCUCAAAAAACAUUCCCUUUUUCUGCUUCUGCAACAGUUUCAAGUAAUUUACAAAAGCCAGCAUCAUUCCUCUCUCUCACUCCCUCUUUCAACUUCAUUUGAGGACAGCUAGCUUGCGUUGCCUUCAACUUCAUCCUUUGAUCCACUUCAUCUUCACUCAUCCAUCCAUGGACACAGCUCAGUGGCCACAAGAGAUCGUGGUGAAACCAAUAGAAGAUAUAAUAGUGACAAAUACAUGUCCAAAGCCUUCAGCUGAGAGGAAGCCAAGGCCACAGAAAGAACAAGCUAUUAACUGUCCAAGGUGUCAUUCAACAAACACAAAGUUCUGCUAUUACAACAACUACAGCCUCACACAGCCUCGAUAUUUCUGCAAAACUUGUAGAAGGUAUUGGACUGAAGGUGGAUCCCUCAGAAACAUCCCUGUAGGAGGUGGCACAAGGAAGAACAAGAGAUCUUCUGCUUCUUGUUCAUCACCUUCACCCAACAUCAAGAAGCUUCCUGAUCUUGUCACACCUCCAAGUUUGUCUCAAACUUGCACUCAAAACCCUAAGAUUCAUCAAGGCCAAGAUCUAAACUUGGGUUUCCCAGCCACAACCAGGGAUUUUAGAAAUAUCUCUGAAUUGGUUCAACAAAAUAACAACAACAAUAUGUCUGCUUCAGCUUCUUCUUCUUCUUCAACUACUACUACUACUGUUACUACUACAGCUUCAGCUUCUCACCUUUCAGCAUUGGAGCUUCUUACUGGGAUCACUACAAGUUCAAGGGGUUUGAAUUGUUUCAUGCCUGUGCCAGUUCAAGCUGAUCCAAAUAAUGUUUACACUUGUGGAUUUGCUCUGCAAGAUUUUAAGCCAACUUUGAAUUUUUCUUUAGAUGGGAUUGGAAGUGGGUACACAAGCCUCCAGGGUGUUCAAGAGACAAGUGGAAGGCUUUUGUUUCCUUUUGAGGACUUAAAACAGGUUUCUAACACCACUACUACAAUGGAUCAGAAUAAUAAGGAGCAACAAGGAGAUUCAACAGGGUAUUGGACUGGAAUGUUAGGUGGAGGAUCAUGCUGCUCUUCUCUUCAUGACCAAGGUGGAAUCACGAAAUGAAGUUUAUUUUAGGCAGGCUUCAGUACUAAGAAAACAAGGGUUACUUUACAUUGUUUAAAGAUAGAAGAGAUCAAGUUUAACCCCAUUUUUUUAGGGUUAACAAGUAGCUAGAAGGGGGGAUUUGGGUAAAUUAAGUAGUGGUCUUUAUAUAUUUCAUGUAAUUUAUUCUAUCACAGAGCAGGGCAACCCACAAUCAAUACAUUGUGCCAUCAUUGGUUUGAUUGCCCGUCCACUUGCCCAAUUCGAAAAAUGUAUAAUGUAUAAGAACAAGAAUACAUAUUAUAUUAUUUUGUAUGUUUUU